GCCUAUGUGCGCAGUUCCUCGCGUCCACGACACUCUUGACGCGUCCGCGUUGAGCUCCGCCGGAAGUGACCGGCGGCGUCGCGCUAGCACCUCGCGCUAACCGUGACCGUGUACCGCGACCGGCGGAACCGACACCGGAGCCGAAGCGUCAGGAUCCCCGCGCGAGCGUCUUCUCCGAAUACGGAGUCUGUCUGCAGUUGGCGGGUGAGUUAACGUCACGCGGCUGGAAGGUUAAACGAUCGACCAAACAAGGAACCGGAUCGGGAUUCGAACCCUCGACCGUUUACACCGAACCCUGACAGAGAGACCACCGGUGACAGACACCCGCGGGUCACCAGUCAUCUGACCCGUUAAACCCAGGAUCACUGAAACUGUAUAAAUAACGAGGAAGCGCGGCGCGAUCGGCCGUCGUGACGUAAGCUCCAGGGGCUUUGUUUGGAGGCGUGGUCUGUUGGCCGUCUAAGUCGCGAUUGGUGAACAGGUGUCCAGUCAUCCUGCUGUGGCUCUGUGGGCGUGGAGUGGGCGGAGUCAGGCUCAGACUCGGGCAGUGAUUGACUGGGAGUGAUGAGUGGGCGACGGGGGGGCGGGACUGUUGUCCGGGAGCGGGCCCGGGGUGUGGAUUCGUCGUGCUGGUUCGCGCCCGGGGCGUUGCGACGUCUGUUUGAGUUGCCGGCACCCGUUCUGUCGCGGCACCAGCUGAAGCGUCUGGAGGAGCACCGCUACAGCAGCUCGGGUCGCUCGCUGCUCGAACCCGUCAUGCAGCGCUACUGGGAGUGGCUGGUGCGCACGAUGCCCCCCUGGAUCGCGCCCAACCUCAUCACCAUCGUCGGACUGGCCACGAACAUCUUCACCACGCUGGUGCUGGUGUAUUACUGCCCGACCGCCACCGAACAGGCUCCUCUCUGGGCGUAUCUGCUGUGCGCGGUGGGGCUGUUCGUCUAUCAGUCGCUGGACGCCAUCGAUGGGAAGCAGGCGCGACGCACUAACAGCAGUUCACCACUGGGGGAGCUGUUCGACCACGGCUGCGAUUCACUCUCCACAGUGUUUGUGGUUCUGGGCACCAGUAUCGCCGUGCAGCUGGGUUCUCACCCCGACUGGAUGUUCUUCUGCUGUUUCUCCGGCAUGUUCAUGUUUUAUUGCGCUCACUGGCAGACCUACGUCUCCGGCACGCUGCGCUUCGGCAUCAUUGAUGUGACAGAAGUGCAGAUCUUCAUAAUUCUGCUGUAUCUGCUGGCUGCUGUGGGCGGAUCAGCUUUCUGGCAGUCGCCGAUUCCCGUAAUAAACAUCCAAAUGAAAAUAAUCCCAGCACUUUGCACAUUUAUUGCGGUGGUUUUCUCGUGCACCAAUUACUUCAGAGUCAUAUUUACAGGCGGCGUGGGGAAAAACGGAUCCACUAUAGCGGGUACGAGCGUGUUAUCACCCGUCCUGCACAUCGGCUCAGUUAUCGUUCUCGCAGUGAUGAUUUAUAAGAAAUCAGCCGUGCAGCUUUUCCAAAAACACCCUUGUCUUUAUAUUCUAGCCUUCGGCUUCGUUUCGGCCAAAAUCACCAAUAAACUAGUGGUGGCUCACAUGACCAAGAGUGAGAUGCAUCUUCACGACGCAGCAUUUCUGGGUCCUGGCCUGCUGUUUCUCGAUCAGUAUUUCAACAGCUUCAUCGACGAGUAUCUGGUGCUGUGGAUUUCACUGAUUCUGUCCCUGUUUGAUCUGGUGCGCUACUGCACGAGUGUCUGCAACGAGAUCGCGUCUCACCUGCACAUCUGCGUCUUCAAGAUCAAUGCACAGAGCAUAGCGGCAGCCAUCGAGUGACCACUGACAUAUGGGUUCAUCUUCCUGCACUUUCAGCCUCAUACUAAACCAGAGCCAAUGCAUCCUGAUUUACACCAUUCUGCGCUUAGACUAAAGGAAGAAUUUAGAAAGAAAUGAAAAUGUGCUUAAAUUCUUCAUCAGAUUUGGAGAAAUGUAUUGCAUUAAUGGGUGCCAUUAGAUUGAUUGAGAGUCCAAACAAUAACUAAAAUAUUGUUUUU